AUGGUUUGGCUGCACGCCUUCCUGUGGGCCGUCGCGGCGAGCAGCGAGCUCUGCUUCGACGGCGGCGGCGUCGUCGACCCCUACCGGAACAUGUCCUACCUGCCGUCGCCGUCGGAGGCGUCCGACGCGCCGACGCCCGCCGCCGCCGCGGCGCUGGACGACUGGCGGACGCUCGGCGAGACGCUGUGCUAUUUCGCCACCUGCGCCGGCGACGUCGCGCCGCACAACUUCGGGUUCGGGUCCCAGCUCGCCGUGUCCGUGCUGCGCGCGCGGACCAUGGUCGCGAAGCGCCAGUUCCCGGCGGUCCCGAUGCACGCGGCGCUGAGAGGCGCGGCGGCGCAGCGGCUCUUCGCGCUCGACGCGGCGUCGGACGCGCGCGUCGCCGCGGCGCGGGCCGUCGUCGACCGCGACCGGCGGCGCUGCGUCGGCGCGAACGCGUCGACGGCGUGCUUCUUCGACGCCUUCGGCGGCGGCGCGGGCUCGUGCGCCGCGCCGCUCGCCGCGUGCCCGCCGCCGCCGACGAACCGGCGCAAGCGGCCGCCCCCGGGCCCGCCGGCCGACCCCCGCGCGCCGCGGCGGCCGGAGCGGCUCGUCGGCGACGGGGCGAGCGGCGCCGCGCGCUUCUGGUCCUUCGCGGCGAGCUACGCCGCGUUCGCGACGCCGUCGCCGGGGCUCGCGGACGCCGUCGAGGGCGAGGCGGCGCUCCUCGGCCUGGGCGACGCGCCGCGGCCCUGGCUCGGCGUCCACCUGCGCCACGGCGACAGCUGCCGCGACGGCGAGGCCACGGGCCGCGUCUGCACGCCCGCGGAGGCCUACGCGGCGCCCGUCGGCGACCUCGCGCGCCGCUACGGCUACGCGACGGUCGUCGUCGCGACGGACAGCGACGCGGCGCUCGCGGCCUUCGUCGCCGAGCUCCCGCGGCGCGGCCUCGGCCAUCUCAACGUCGUCGCGCGGCGGUCGCCGCGCGUCGACCCGAGCGUCUUCGGCGAGGUCCAGCGCCUCGAGCACGCCUACGCCGCGACGAGCAAGCACGCCGUCCUCGUCGAGCCCUGGACCGAGUACUACGGCUUCGCCGCGGACCUCCUGCUCCUCGCGCGGUGCGACGGCUUCGUCGGCAAAUUCACGUCGAACCUGUCGAGGCUCGCCUUCGCGCUCAUGGCCGCGCGGAAGCGGUGCAUGGUGCCCUACGUGAGCCUCGACUCCUUCUUCUGCGCCGGCGGCGGCGGCCGGUCCGUCGACUCGAGCCGCAACGCCGCGCGGGACCCGGACUCGAACCGCGUCAUGGGCUCCUCCAUGCGGCUCCAGGACGCAACGCUGGCCACGAGCCGAAGCUUUGCGCAUUUCGUCUCGUCCACUCUCAGCGGGGAUGGCGUCAAGCGCGCGUUCUCGGUCCAGGGCUUCCAGGGGGUCUUCGCUCGCGACGUGUUCGCGUGGCUCAAGGACGCCCUUCGGCUGCAAGAGGCUGACGUCGUGAAGACCCUGUUGACGGUUCGACUGAUCGACGAAGAGGCGGGCCGCGACGGCGAAGGCGAGCGGCUGCGCGCGGUCCGCACGGAGCUCGUCGGGAACGCGCUGCGCUACGCGCUGCGCCUGGAGGAGGAGAGCGUCAUCUACGAGGCGAAGAGCGCCGGCAUCACGUGCAUGCACAUGGUCCUCGCCGUCGAGGGCGCCGUGAGCUACGUGCGCGUCGCGGACCUGCGGGCGACGCUCGAGAACGUCUGGAAGGUCUCCUCGGAGGCGAACCGCGCCGCGAUGACGGGGAUCUUCGAGGCGCUCGUCGAGGUCUUCUGCGACGGCGCCGCGCUCGAGGCCUGGGCCUCGACGGGCGCGCGGCCGUUCGUCGCCGACGUCUUCGGCCGGGCCGGGCUCAACGGCGCCGUGCGGCGGCGGCUCGUCGUCGCGGUCGCGUCGCGGCUCGCCGCGCUCGGCCGCGGCGGCGCCGUGCCGAGCGGCGAGCGGCCCGCCCCCCACGGCCUGAGCCCGUGGCACGCGAUCCUCGCGCGCUGCGACGAGUCGCUCGUCUCGGCCGUCGCGACGCCGCCGGGCCCGGCGCCGACGGACGACUACGGCCGGACGCCGCUGUCGGUCGUCGUCCAGCUGGCGCGGCCGCCGAAGGUCGUGCAGGCCGUCGCGAGGUGCGCGACGGUGGCGCACCUCGCGGCGCCGGACGCCUUCGGCUGCGCGCCGCUCCACUACGCCGCGCAGGCCGGGUCCGUGGCGACGUGCGGCGCGCUCCUCGACCUGCUCGCGGCGCGCGGCGCGGCGCGCGCCGUCGACGCCGAGAAUUUCGCCGGCGAGACGCCGCUCCGGUCCGCGGUGGCGUCGCCGUCGCCGAAGCGCGUCGCCGUCUGCGCGCUGCUCCUCGAGCGCGGCGCGGCGCUCGGCCCCGCCGCCGCGUUCGAGCUGCUCGCGGUCCCGGAGCACGCGGCGCUCCCCGGCUUCGACGCGGUCGCGCCGCGCCUCGCCGCCGCCGCGGCGGCGGGCGGCCUGCCCCUCCACGCGCUCGUCGCCGCGGACCGCGUCGGCGAGUGCCGCGCGCCGCGCGCCGCGUGCCCCGAGGCCCUCGUCCGCGCGCACCAGCACGCGCGCGACGUCCUCGCCGACGGCGCCGGCGGCCCGGACCUCGGCGCGACGCCGCUCCACGUCGCGCGGUCCAGGGACGCGGCGGCGCUGCUGCUCGACGCCGACCCGGACGCCUGGCGGCGGCGGACCGCGCGCGGCGACACGCCGCUCCACCGCGCGUGCGCGCGCGGCGACGUGGGCGCCGUCGAGGAGCUCCUCCGGCGCGGGGCCCGCUGGGGCCGCGCGUUCCUGAACCGCCGCGGCGAGAGCCCCUACGAGACGGCGACCGGCGACGCGAAGAAGCUCAUCCGCGCCGCGAUCACCUCUCGCCGCGACGCGCAGUCGGCGAAGGCCAUGGAGUCGGUCACGCGCCGCGCGCCCAAGGACUGGCGCGCCGAGGCGCGGCGCAUCGACGACGCCGUCAAGCUCGCGAAGGUCGCCGAGCGCGUCGCCGAGCUCAAGCCCGCGGCCGGGCCGGCCGAGGUCGACGCGCCGGCGCGCGGCGCCGCGCCGGGGCGGACGGACCCGGGGCGGACGGACGGGGCCGCGGCCUUCGAGCCCGAGAUCCCCGCGCUCCUCGCGCCCGAGGCGCUCGCGCAGCUCUUCCAGCUCGACGGCGAGUCGCGGCGGCGCGCGCUCGACGUGGUCUUGCGCGUGGCGACCGAAGCCGCGGCGCCCGGCGCGACGCGCGUCGGCGGCGCGGCGCUGCGGCUCUUCCGGUGCGACGGCGUCCUCUUCGAGCGCGCCUUCGACUACGUCGGCGGCGAGCUCGCGCACCGGCGCGUCCUGCGGGUCUACGCGCUGGACGAGCGCGACCCGGCGACGUUGGCGGCGCUCGCCGCGCGAAUCGCGCAGCUGCACCGCAAGGGCCGGGCGUCGCCGCUCGCGUACGAGCUGGAGCGCGCGCCGGGAGCCGGCGAGCUCUACUACAAGCUGCCCGACCCCGUGAGCGUGACGGGCGUCUGCAAGUUCUUCCGGCUCACGACCGCGCUCGCGUCCAUCGCCGCGAGCCACGACUUCCUCGGGCCGCCGCGCGGCGUGCAGUCGUCCUUCGAGCUCGACCACGACGAGCAGGCGCACGUCGAGGCCUGGGCGUCCGACCCGUCGCCGACGCUGCUCCUGGGCCGCGGCGGCACGGGCAAGACGCUGAUCAUCCUCCAGUCGCUCUGGGGCGCGUACCGCCGCGCCGUCGCCGCGGGCGACGGCGGCGUCGUCGUCUUCGCGACGGGCUCGAACGUGCUCCGCGCGUCCGUCCGCGAGGCCUUCCUCAGCCUCCGCCACGCCUACCUGGGCCUCCCGGCGACCGGCGACGAUGCGCCGCCGGCGUCGCUGCGCGCCGCGGACCUCCCGCCCGACGACGGCCUCCCCCGCGUGCUCUUCCUCACGACGCGGGAGCUCCUCGCGGCCGUCGACGCGUCCUGCGCGCGACCCCUGCUCGGCGCGCGCCCCGGCGGCGCCGUCGCCGACGUCGCGUCCCUCGAGGCGAGCCUCCGCGAGCACGAGUCGAGCAGCCGCGACGCGCGCGGCGCCGAGCCGGCGGCGCGCCGCGGCUCGCGCGGCUUCGGAUUCGCCGCGGGCGACGCCGCGUCCCGCGAGGUGACCACGGACGCCUUCCUGCGCUGGUGGCAGCCCAGCGCCGCGGUCCGCGCGGACCCGGGCGUCGUCUGGUCCGAGAUCCUGACGCACGUCAAGGGCGCGCCCCGCGUCAGCGCGCUCGGCAAGCCGCUCACGCGCGACGAGUACCUCGCGCUGCCGCGGAAGACCGCGCCCGCCUUCGCCGGCCUCGCGUCCGCGGGCCACGAGCGGUGGGGCGACCGCGACGCGGUCUACGACAUUUUCGAGAACUACGAGCGGGACAAGAACGAGUGCGGCGGUUACGACAUCUGCGACCUCGUGUCGUCGUGCAUGACCCAGGUCCUCGGCCGCGGCGGCGCCUACGAGGGCGUCGAGCUCGCCGGGCUCAUGCUCGACGAGGUCCAGGACUUCACGCUGUCGACGGUCGUCCUGCUCCUCCAGCUCCUCGAGGACGAGGACCGCCUCCUCGUCGGCGGCGACACGGCGCAGACGAUCUGCAAGGUCACGUUCUCCUUCACGGACCUGCGCGCGACGCUGCACCGGCGGCGCGACCGCGCCGAGCGCCGGCUCCGGGAGCACUGGGCCGCGCCCCGCGACGCGCGGCCGCCGGCCGCGCCGCGCGUGCCGCGCCCCGCGGAGCUCAAGGUCCUGACGACGAACUACCGCUGCCACCAGGGCGUGCUCGCCGUCGCGAACCUCUGCCUCGAGAUGAUGGCGCUCUUCCCCAACAGCGUCGACGUCGUCGCGCCGGAGCGGGCGCACUUCGCGGGCGAGCUGCCGCUCCUCUUCACCGACGACGCCUUCGACGACGUCGCCGAGGUCUUCUCCGGCGGCAACGCCGUGACGGAGAUGGGCGCGAACCAGGUCAUCAUCGUCCGCAACGCCGCCGCGAAGCGCGAGCUGCCCGCGGAGCUCGCGGGCGCGCUCGUCAUGACGCCCCUCGAGGCCAAGGGCCUCGAAUUCACGGACGUCUUCGUCUGGAACUUCUUCUCCGACAGCGUCGCCGCGGACCGCGGCUGGGGCGCCGUCGCGCGCGCGUGCGGCGUCGAGCUCGGCGACCGCGUCGCCGAGGCCUUCGACGCCCGCGUCCACCUCGCGCUCAGCGACGAGCUCAAGCAGCUCUACGUCGCGGUCACGCGCGCGCGGGAGCGCCUCGUCUUCUUCGACCAGUCGCCGCGCGCGCGCGACGCGUUCUUCCGCGCGCUCCUCGACCGCCGCGUCGCGCGCGCGCACGACGGCGUCUUCUCCAAGACCGGCGGCGCGCUCGCGCUCGCGCGCGCGUCCGAGGCGCGCGAGUGGGGCGCGCGCGGCGCCACGUUCCUCCGCCGCGGCGACGCGGGCGACUUCACGCGCGCGGCGGACUGCUUCGCCAAGUCCGGCGACGAGCCGCGGCGCCUGCUCUGCGUCGGCCAGGACGCGCUCGCGGCCGCGCGGCGCGCCGCCGGCGCCGAGGCCGAGGGCCUCGCGCUCGACGCCGCCUACCUCCUCGCGCGCUCCGAGUGCGAGGGCAGCGAGGUCCCGCUCGCGGCCGCGCUCGAGGCCGCCGGCGCGCCCGGCCUCGCGGCCGACGCGUGGCGCCGCCUCGGCCGCGACGCCGACGCCUUCCGCGCGUCGCGCGACCACCUCCGCCGCACGGACAAGGCGGCCUACGACGCCGCGGUCGAGGACGCGCGGCGGGCGAAGGAGGCCGCCGACGCGGCCCUCGCCGCGGCGCGCGCGGCCGCGGCCGCGCGGCCGGCGGCCGCGCGGCCGGCCGCGAGGACCGCGGCCGCGCCGCGCCGCGCCAGGGAACUCGCGCGGCGCCUCCUCGACGAGAAGAUGGCCGCGGCCGCCGCGCCGCGCGCCCCGGCGGACGCGUCCGCGGCGGCGAAGUCCAUGUUCCGCGGCUGCGAGCACUUCGACCGGGACCUCGGCGGCUGGGACGCGUCCUCCGAGGCCGCGGCGCCGCCGAGCGUCGUCUCCACGGCCGCCUCGCACGCGACGUCGACGGCGACGUCCCAGAUCGCCGUCGCGCCGUCGCGCCACGCGGGCGAGCGCAUGGUCGAGCGGACCAUCUCUCUGCGCGAGCUGCAGGAGGCCAAGAAGCACGGCGCGCCCCGCCGCGGCGACCGAGGCCGCGCGCGCUACGAGUACCGCGGCCUCGUCUACGUCGAGGCGCCGGGCGCCACGGGGGUCACCGCGUUCUACACCAAGGCGAUCCCGCACGGCUGCCUCGAGCGCGCCUUCGUGCCCUUCCGGGGCAAGCGCGCGCCGGCCCGCGAGGUGGAGCGCGUCGAGCAGGCGAUCCUGCGCGACCGCGGCGUCGAGACGAAGAUCUCGGACCACGCGGAGCGCGGCCACUUCGGCUACCUCGUCGCCUCCGCGUCCGUCGAAGCCACGGACGAGGCGGCGCACAUGCUCCGCGGGCUCCUGGCCGCGCGCAACGCGGAGUCGAAUGGACUCCCGACGGUGCGGGAGGACGUCUACGAGGAGUCCUUUCCCUCGCUCCCGUCGCCGCCCAAGCCCAACGCGGCGACGCUGCGAUUGGAGGAGCAGCUGAGGUCCAUGGAGAAGCGGCUCGCCGAGGCCGAGGCGGCGCGUUCGUCGCUGCAGCAGGAGCUCGGGGGGAGACUGACGGCUUCGGCGCUCGGCGCGGCCCGCGCCGAAGAGAAGCUCGCCGCGUCCGAGACGGCGCGUUUGUCGCUGCAACGGGAGCUCGACGAGUCCAAGGCGGCGUUGCGAGCGGCCCGCGCGGACGCGGCGAGUCAAAAGCAGGAGCUCGACCAGCUCAAGGCGACGCUGGCGACGGAGUCCAAGGCGGCGUUGCGAGCGGCCCGCGCCGAGGCGAAGAGUCAAAAGCAGGAGCUUGACCAGCUCAAGGCGACGCUGGCGACGCUGGCGAGCACGAGGAUGGGGCUCGGCGGGCCGACCUGGGACGCGUCGCUGAGGAACGUCGCGACCGUCGCGUCGGCGAAGGUUAGUCAACUGCAGAAGUUCACCCACACGGAAGCUUCCCGUGCACCGUGUCACAACGGAAAUCAACGCACACGCUGCCCAACGAUGUUGGACCCGCACACCUUCGAUUCCGGCUCGACGCCGGUCAUGACGCCCGCGACGACGCCGCGGAACAGCGCGCCGACGACGGCCGAGGAGGAGGCGUCGGCGCUCGACCGGCUCAAGGACCUCUCCGUCGCCACGGCCUCGAAACUCAACGACAACGUCGCGAAGACGAAGGACACGGUGGGCACGCUCACGGAGGCCGCGCGGAAGAUCGCCGCGAGCCAGGCGUCGCGGGGCCUCGAGCUCGCGCGCGGCGGCUUCGCGGCGCUGAGCGGCGUCGCGGGCGCGGCGACGCGGACGUUCCGGUCUGUCGUCGCGGAGUUCGACAACUCGUAUUCGCUCCUCCGGCCCAAGGCCGUCCGCUACCGCUUCCGGGCGGAGCAGCCCAAGGCCGAGGACGUCGUCGCCGCGCGGUGCCGCCCCGACGACGACGCCGGCGUGCUCUCCGGCGUCGCCGCGCGGCACCGGGCCGCGGCAGAGAGGCGCGACGCGGCGCUCGCGAAAGUCCAAGCGCUCAAGCGGAGCCAGGACCGCGCGCGCGACAUCUACCUCAAGGCGCAGGCGUCCCCGCCGCCGCCGCGGCCCCCCUCCCUGCUCGGCGCCUUCGACGACGACGACGACGCGCCGUCGCCCGCCGCGAAGCACGAGCGGCCGCCGGCGCUCGGCCUCCUGGACCUGCCCAUGCUCAACGGCGAGCUCUGGGAGCGCCUCGCGGGGCAGCAGCCGCUGACGGCGGGCUUCGAGCGCACGCUCGCCAAGCUCGUGACGAAGAUCGAGACCUACGGCUUCGCGAGCGACUGCCGGCCCCUGGCGGGCGUCCAGCUGGCGCGGCCCUACGCGGCGGUGGCCGCCGCGCCCGCGCGGGCCGGCGACGCGACGUUCGGCUUCGCGGCGCGCGUGCUCGGCGACGUCACGGCCGGGACGGACGGCUGCGCGCCGUUCUACGCCGGGCGCGUCAUCGCGGGCGUCGCCGCGGCCUGCGCGGCGCUCCCCGCGGCGUCCGCGAGCUCGCGCGUCGACGCCUACUCGGUCUUCAUGGGGCUGGCCAACCUCGUCAAGUGCCACCCGGGCCCGGGCGCGGACGUCGCCGCGCUCGGCGUCGCGGCCGCCGCCGCGGCGCGCGUCGCGGGGGAGCCGGCCUACGGCGCCGAGGCGCGGCGCCAGGCGUGCCGCGUGCUCAGCGAGGCGCCCAUGCUCGUCGUGCGGUCCGCGGAGCUGCGCGCGCGGGGCUCCAUGGACCGCGCGAUCGAGCUGCCGCCGGCGGCGGCCGCGGCCGUGCGGUCCUUAGCCGACGUCGCCGCGGGGCCCCUCGUCGCCUGCGCGGCGCAGUACGGCUCCGGCGAGCCGCCGUCGGCGGCGGAGCGAAAGGCCGCGAAGCGCGCGGCGAAGAAGGACGCGAAGAAGACGGCGAAAAAAGCCGGCGACGGCGACGCGACGCUCUACCUCCCCGCGACGUCGCGCGAGGCCGCGUCCGCGCGCCUCCGCGCGCAGAGCUUCACGGCCCUGGGCCACCUCUUCGCCUGCGCGGCGUCGGCCGCGCGCGUCGCGGAAUUGGCCGGGCGCGCCUUCGCGGAGGCGGCCGCGCGGCAGCUGAGCGCCGAGGGCCGCGCGGCGACGCCGGCGGACGAGUUCCCGAAGACGGCGCGCAAGGUCGCGACGUGCUACGGCAACUCGACGCGCGACGACGGCGUCUGGGGCGCCAUCUCCCGCGACGCGGACGCGUACCUCGUCGGCCUCGUCGCGCUCCUCGCCGUCGUCGACGUGCCGCCGGACCUCGCGUCCAUGUCGCAGCACCGCGACUUCUUCGACACCAGCGACAAGGCCUCGAUGAUCACGGCGCCCGCGGGCGUCGCGGCCUGCAGCCUCCACUACACGCUCGACCGCGCGCGGCGCGACGUGACGACCUUCCGCGCGCACCUCGCGACGCUGGCCAAGGCGAAUUUAGGCGAGACGCUCGUCGCGGCGCUCGAGGCCGCGGAGCCCGAGGUCGCGUCGGAGGCGGCGAAGCUCGCCGUCGAGCUCCUGGGCCAGAAGACGAUCGACGGGCCCGGCCGCGCGGCCGCAGUCGCCGUCGUCGCGGCGGACCCCGCGUUCCACGUGCUGCGCCUCGAGGAGCACAAGGGCUUCGUCAAGGCGGCCGUCAAGCUCGCGCGGGCGCCGGGCCGCGAGUGCUACGGCGCGGGCCUCGUGUCCGCGAUCGCGGAGCAGGCGCGGGGCACCGCGGGCCUCAACCGAUGCGGCAAGGCCGGCGCGAGCCUCGCGCUCGCGGGGACGGCGCUGCCGCGGCUCGUCGCCGGCUGGCGCGCCGGAGACCGCGACGCCUUCGGCGUGCAGGCCGUCGUCCUCGCGCUCCACCGCCUGAGCCGCCUGCCGUCCGAGGCCGCGAAGAUCGCCGGCGCCGCCGGCGCCGUCGACGCGCUCGCGGCCGCCGCGGCGCUCGCGGCGGAGGGCGCGCCGACCGCGGGGCUCCGGCACCUCGCGCAGAGCGUCCUCGCGGAGUGCGCGUGCUGCGGGCCCGACGCGCGGCGGCGCAUCCUCGAGUCGGGCGCCGCGGCCGCCGCGCUCGACCAGGUCCGCCGCGACCCGGACGCGCUGUUGCGGACCGUUCCCAUGGAGAACACGGACGGCCUCGUCGUGCCCAAGAUCUACGCGCUCACGCUCGUCGGAAACCUCUGCGACGAGAAGCGAUGGAUCACGACGACCGUCGCCCGCGACGACAAGUUCCUGCGCUGCGUCCUCGCGGCGCUCCGGAGCGACGCCGUCGCCGGCGCGGCGGCCGUCGGGGCGCACGUCCUCGGCGGCCUCGCGCGCGCGGCGCGCGGCGACGACUCCCGCGCCGCGCUCUGGCGGCGGUUCCGGGUCCACGAGGCCGUCGUGCGCGCCGCCGUCGCGCGCCUCGACGGCCGCAGCGAAGCGGGCUUCGUCGACCAGCAGAAGCAAUCGGACGUCGGCGCGCUCGAGGACGGCCUCGUGGAGUCGGCGCUCCACGUCCUCACCUUCGACUCGCUGGAGCGCGACGACGACUCCCGCGCCGCGCUCCGCGACGCCGGCGCCGGGCGGAUCCUGGAACACGCGCUGCGGGACGCCGAGAGCAGCCUCGCGCGGCGCAUGGCGCCCCUGGCGCCGCUGCUGCGGCUCCAGCUCGGCCUGACGUCGGGGGACGCGGCCGCCUGGACCGCCGCCGCCGCGGCGAGCCUCGCGGCGACCGUGACCGACCACGUCUACCACGACGGGUCGUCCGGCGACAAGGUCCUCGACGGCAUCCGCGCGGAGCGCGACAACGAGAACAGGCGCGUCUGGCAGUGCGACAACCCGGCCUGCGAGGCCGCGGCCGCGCCGUCGGCGCAGCUCCUCAAGUGCGCGCGCUGCAAGCGGACCCACUACUGCAGCCGGGAGUGCCAGAAGGCGGACUGGAGCGUGCACAAACUCACGUGCCGCAAGGCGGGCGCGAAAUAA